UGUGAAAAAGAAAAAAUGGAAUUAUUGCUCCUCUUUGAGAAAGGUGACCUCAGGUCCAGCCUCUGCUCUGACAUCACUCACCGCCUCCUGCUCGCCUCUAGAGUCCUAUCAAGGCUCCGAGUCUCCUGCUGUGACCGAAGGCGAUGCCUCCAACACACCACUCACUCCCAGACAGGCAGGCGCUCGGGACGCAUCAUCCGCUCCGCUCACGGGACAGCUUUUUAUUCUAGCCCGUCCAAAAGCGCGAUCAUGGCGGAAGAGAGCCGGGGGAAGCGGCGGAAACAAGCCAACCCGAGGAGAAACCGAGUGGACGCUGAGCAGGUGAGCUCUGUGGGAUCGGAGGAAGAGGAUGAGGCGGGUUUGUGGAGCUUCGAGCCCCAGGACUGUAACGAGAGCCCUGACAAGGCGAGCCUGACACCCAGCGAGGCAACGGAGGAGCCCAGCAGCCCCUCGCAGUCCACACGGCCGUGCAGCCUCAGCCCUGGCAGCAGGACCUGCUGGGGCGCGGUGGAGCCAGAGGCCAAGGCGGAGGAGGACGCCACUGACAGGGACGGGCACCAGGAACCUCUGAGGAUGUACUGUAAGAACUCAGGUUCCCAGAAUGCUUUGGAUGAUCUAGAUCACUAUGAACUUGUGGCCAAUUUGAGGAAGGCCUCCCCCUCAGCUAGUCUUUUGGACCACCUGAGCCAUAACGGGACGUCGGCGGUGUUCCAUCCGAGCAUCAGGCAGAAUGAGCUUCCUGCUGCCAUCUGGUCUCCAGGAGCCCAGUGCUUCUCACCUGAGAGAGCAGAUGCCGUCAAGAGCCAGGAGCAGGCAUGUCCCUUCUGCCACCAAGUGUACCAGCAAGGAGUGUCUCUGAGGGAUCAUGUCAAAUACUGUCAGGGGAGGGAAGGGGGGCACCUGGUCUGUCCUCUCUGUGGAUACACUGCCACCCUUAGGUCGCAGAUGGAGCAGCACCUGGAGCUUCACAACCAAAUGCAUGACAAGAGUGCCAUCACUUUGGACCCAGGAAUGGAGGCCAGGAAGUUCAAAUGUCUGGUGUGUGGGAAAGCAUUCAAGUACAAACACCACCUCAAAGAGCAUCUUCGUAUCCACAGUGGUGAAAAGCCGUACGAGUGCUCCAACUGCAAGAAACGUUUCUCUCACUCGGGCUCCUACAGCUCACAUCUAAGCAGCAAGAAGUGCCUUAGUGGUGGAGGAAACUCAGGAAGUGCCAGUAGUGUGUUUAACGGGCACGGUCAAGUCUCCUUCCACCGUCUACUCCCAUCAUCUCCCUCUGCUGGCGGGGGCAGAUCCAGUAAUGGCAAGGGCUUUGCGUUUUCUUCGCCAACUCAGGAUCAUCUCAGGUCUUUGGGACAAAUAUCAGGAGAUUGUCACCAGACGUUGCUGCAGGAUGUCAGCCAGAACAACACAAGCUUCCCCAGCGUGCCAGACAUGUCCAGGCUGUGGGACGGCUCACCCGAGCUCACUGUGAGAACCACUAUCCCGAAAGGGAUGACUCCAAUGCCUUAUCUCAAUUCUGGGACCAAAUUUGAGCAGAUGCUACAAGAGAUGCUUCACAAAAAAGUAGAAGAAGAUAAGGAGGAUGUUGAGGAAAGUAGGGUGGGCAAUAGCGUGGGAGGGUUUGAGGGAAAGGCGUCCCCUGAUAGGAGAGGAGGAGCAGUGAGAUCAGGCGAAGCCGGCAGAGAUGUGUUGGGGUUGGUGUGCCGUUGGUGCUCACAGCUUUUCCAUAACACGGCUUCGCUCCUGCAACAUGAACGCCACCUCUGUAAGAACAACCGAGAUGCGGUUGAGGUGCCUGAAGGUUUUCGAAGGAACAACCACUCCUUGCCACCAUCAUUCUAUCCUAGAUCUGCUCUCAAACCAGACAACACCAAAACAAAUGAAGUAACCAAUGGACUCUCUGGAAACAAGUCGCCGCUGCAGAAGCUGAGCUGGCAUUCCGUACCUCAACAGCUUUUAGUUGCGAUGCAGUCUCCUUCACCCCGCCAUGAUGCACGGCCUUCACUCAUGUACUUUUCCACGCAGGAUAAAGGUAGCCCGAGCCACCUAAUGCACCAUUCCCCAGAGACCUCAUCACCUAGGAGAAGGAAGAGAUUGUCCUCCUCAGGAUUCAGCUCACCUCUCCGCCUCGACCCUAUUAGCUGUUCUCCUGAAAUCUCCCCACAGCAGAAAGAACUUAGCAGUCCCUGGCCUGCCCAGAAUGAACCUCUGGACCUCUCCCUGCCUAAACAGCUCUCAGAGCAGAAGGAGAGGAACAAAACCUCUAACGGGAUCUCAGGAAGAGAAGAUAGAACCCUCAGGACCCAACAACUCAGCAGACCAAGCCCUACUUCGCAUCUACCCCUAAACCAGUACCCAGUCUUCAGUGGGACUGGACCUCCAGUGUUUCCUGGAUCCAUAUACAAUGGGUUUCCCUUCUUCAGCCAUGAUGGGAUGAUACAGACUCCUUUCAGCCAGUCACCCGCUAGUCCUGGGUUCCUCUCUCCAGUGGCGUACAUGAUGGAGGCAGAUGCAGAGGCCAUGUUGAAAAAGAUCUACCAGGAGAGACAAAACCUCAUGGGUGAGGCCUUAUCACGUAGUGCUCUGGACUACCUCUCUCUUACUGAUGAUGGGUUUGAAGGAGAAGGGGGGCCGGGAAGGAAGAGGCUGAAGAAAACAGAUGAGGGACUUUAUGCGUGUGACAUCUGUGAAAAAACCUUCCAGAAGAGCAGCUCGCUACUGCGACAUAAAUACGAGCACACAGGCAAGCGUCCCCACGAGUGCAAAAUCUGCAAUAAAGCCUUCAAGCAUAAGCAUCAUCUGAUUGAACACAGCCGACUGCACUCUGGAGAGAAACCCUAUCAAUGUGACAAGUGCGGCAAGCGCUUCUCCCACUCAGGCUCUUACUCCCAGCACAUGAACCACCGCUAUGCAUACUGCAGUAAAGACCAGGAUCUAGACCAAGACCAGGAAGAGAUGGCCCUCACCCCUUUAGCAGGCUUGGUGAGCAGCCUCGCUGAACACAAACCUCCAUCCAUAGAGGACGCUCAGACUGCCCACUCCUUCCUCAGCGACUCCAGCUUGGAUGGAGGACUGGAUGUGCUCAAAGAAGGGGAGGAGGAGGAAAGAGUUAGUAAAACACACAGCAGCUUAGAAGCGCUGGGAAGCAGGUUAAUCCAGGAAUCACCAACAGGAGGCAACAGACAAGAAAAUGAGCAAAACAAUUGUGACAUAGGAAACCAUUUUAACAAUAGGAUCCCCGCGUGGGACAGGGACCCUGAGGACCAGGACCAAGACUUGAACAAAUGUGAACUGAAUUUGGAUAUAGCAGAGUUACCAAGGAUUAAACUUUUAGGCAGACUUUAAAAAAGCCAUGAGGCUUUUGAAUAUGUAAUCCCACUUAUACCAAAUAAGCUGUGUCUUAAGGAAAUACGUACACCCGACCAAAGGAAACGUGGCCUUACAGUGGACAAAGCCAAAAGAAUUACAGUAUUGUAUCAGGAAAAGUGCUGUUGUGCGUGUGUGUGUGUGUGUGUGUGUGUGUGUGUGUGUGUGUGUGUGUGUUGCUAUUUUUGUGUGUUGACUCAUCUGUGUCCUUUCUCAUAUCUGUUUUUUUAUUGCAAAAAUGAUAAUUGCUCACCGCUGCUUCCUGUUGCACAAACAUACAUUUUCUUGCAAUUCAGCGUUGAGGGCCUAGAGCAUUUUAAUGUAACUCAUCUGAAGUAUUUCAACCACAAAUUUAAAUUAUUUAGGUGGACAAAAAACCCAUUUAGAGGAUAAAAAGACUCAAAUGCAACGUCCUUCUGCAGAUUUAUUUUUGCACAACAGUAUUGAAACAUUGAUCGUGGGAUUUAUGGUGUGAACUCAAAAAGUGGGAGCAUCUCUUGUUUCUAGGCAGACUAGGGUACACGGCCAUCUUUUAAAGGUGAAUAGAGGAACAAAGGGAAGGUAGCUGUUUAUGUAUGCUUCAUCCAGAACGCAGUGGAUUGAACAUUUAGCAGCAUAUGUCUCCCCGGGAGGACGGUCAUUUCUGCAUCGGUGAAACGUUAAUGGGCACAAAGGAUGAAGAUGGGGGGUUUCCCUUCCAGGAAGCAGAACCGAUUUGCACUGUUUGUCUGAUUAUCACACAGAGCUGCUUGAUUUUGGGAAGUGUUAAAAUGUCUAUUUCUACACCCACAAAUAAUCGUGUCACAUGUGUGGACUUGUCUGUUGAGGUGUGGCGAGGGUGAGGGUCAAGUCUCAGGACGCAAACUUCCAUUUUGCAGUUCCUCUUUUCUGGCUGCUGCGCCUCAGAUGUGCUCAGACUAGAGGUGCGAUAGGACGGCGGUGCACGCGGUGUGACUAAGCUUGCAGCAUUCAUGCAUACUUCGGGCCAAAGAUACUUGUGUGUGAAUGUGUGUGUGUGUUUCAUCACCAAAGAUAUGCAUAUGUAACACACACAGACUCACACGCUAUGCUUCUCUAGUUCCUUACCUGUUAUCUUCAGGCAAAAUAACAGGCAAGGACACAUCCACUCAAUUUCUGCACACUUACUUUGUUAAAAUUCCUUUUUUUUGACAACCGAACAGGUUCAUAUUAAACUCUUGCAGUAUUUUUUCAAUGUUUGUAAUAAAAAUGUACAUAAGUUGUCACCAGAAUCUUGUAUCUUGAUUUAUUUUUUAAUUAAAAAAGCAACAUUUUUG